UUGGCUCCCUGACGCUGUGGCGCAGGUUUCAGUGUUGCACAGGCCGGGCCCAGUGCCGCAGGUUGUCCGGUAGGGUGCCUGCCGAGCUACAAGCAGCACGCUGUUGAUGUCAGGAGCAGAGAGAGAGAGAGAGAGAGGAGGGGAACGUGAAGAAUGGCUGAAAACUGGCGGUGAUAUCCUGUUAUAGGAAACAAACCAGAGCGUACUACAUACUUAAGACUUCACUGCCUCCGUAUCAGCCAGCGACUCAUUAACAAACAGGCACCGCUUUGUGUAUGUGGUUAUUUAAUGGGACAACGAAAACGCAAAAAAACGCAAGCCGACCAACCACAUGAGAAGUCGACGUCCGGAAGAGGUUUAACCGCAAAACAAGGCCCCCCACCACGUCUGUGUCGCUUUCACCUGAACCGAAGAAGACCAAAAAUGCGUGUGGACUUGUUUUGGACGUGUUUGUGGUGUUUCAUUCGCCUCGGUGCCACCGGUCAAGGGCAGUCUACGGCCGUGUGUUCCUCCUCAUGCAGCUGCGAUGAAGAUGGGGGUGCAGACUGCUCCGGGAGAGGGCUGACCACCGUCCCAACCGGGCUCAGUACUUUCACCUAUUACCUUGACCUGAGCAUGAACAACAUCACCGAGCUUCCAGCCAACAUCUUCAAGAACUUCCCCUAUCUUGAAGAACUGCGACUCGCGGGGAAUGACCUGUCAUUCAUCCACCCUGAAGCCCUGUCUGGACUGCAUCAGCUCAAAGUCCUGAUGCUCCAGAAUAAUCAGCUGAAGACUGUGCCCAGUGCAGCUCUGAAAAACCUUCAAUCCCUUCAGUCUCUUCGCCUGGAUGCGAAUCAUAUAACCGCUGUGCCAGACGACAGUUUUGAGGGCCUUCAGCAACUACGCCACCUCUGGUUGGAUGAUAACAACCUGACUGAGGUCCCCAUUGGUUCUUUGAGACACCAGGCCAACCUUCAGGCUCUGACGUUGGCACUGAACCGCAUCUCGGACAUACCAGACAACUCCUUUGGAAACCUCACCAGUCUUGUUGUGCUGCAUCUCCAUAACAACAGAAUCAAGGAGAUAGGAGACAACUGCUUUGCUGGUCUUGUAAACCUGGAGACUUUAGAUCUUAACUUCAACAACCUCAAGGUUUUUCCCAAAGCUAUUCAGGCCCUGCCCAAACUCAAGGAACUCGGGUUUCACAGCAAUGAUAUUGCUUCCAUACCUGAAGGAGCCUUCCAUAAAAACCCCCUGCUGAGAACCAUACAUCUCUAUGACAACCCUCUGUCCUUCGUGGGCGCCUCAGCUUUUCAGAAUCUGUCCGACCUGCACUCCCUGAUGCUGAGAGGGGCCAGCAUGAUGCAGGACUUCCCCAUCCUUACGUUCACUAAUAACCUUGAGAGCCUGACCCUGUCAGGAACCAGGAUAUCAUCCAUCCCUGCUGAUCUCUGUGAAGAUCUCAAGUUACUUCGGACACUAGACCUGUCCUACAAUGAGAUCAAGGAGCUACCGUCCCUCCUGGGCUGCACUCGCCUGCAGGAGAUAAGCUUUCAACACAAUCAAAUUCAACAGAUUGACAGGGACACUUUCCAAGGUCUCUCUGCUCUCCGUUUACUAGAUCUGAGCAGAAAUGAAAUCAGAGUUAUCCACAGAGAUGCUUUCCUCACCCUCAGCGCGCUCACCAACCUAGACCUGAGUAUGAACUCUCUGACUGUGAUGCCAACCACUGGACUGAGCGCACUCAGUCAGUUGAAACUCUCAGGGAACCCACAAAUGAAAAAUGUUCUGACUGGAAAAAAUCUGCCCAAGCUCAGGUCCAUCUCUCUCCCGUAUGCAUACCAGUGCUGUGCAUUUGUGGGAUGUGACUCAAUGAUGACUUCCCCUGGAGAAAAUGAUGCAAAGAAAUCUACAGGUGGUGACGAUGUUGAAAGAAUCUCAAUGAUCAUGCAUUGCUCCCCUUCACCAGGAGCCUUCAAGCCAUGUGAGCACCUGCUGGGGAACUGGAUGAUCCGUCUGACCGUCUGGUUCAUCUGCCUGGUGUCACUGAUUUUUAACAGCCUGGUUCUGGUGGUCACAUUCUCCCCGUCUCACCGAGCUGCAGGCCACUCCCACUCCUUCACCCCAUCUCUCUCUCCAGCCAGACUGCUGAUGGGGCUGCUGGCCCUGGCUAACCUGCUCACAGGCCUGUAUGUCGGUGUGCUAACUGUCCUCGACAUUGCUACCUGGGGCUCUUUUGCUGAGUUCGGUGUGUGGUGGGAGAUGGGGCCCGGUUGUCAGAUCACAGGAGCUCUGGCCGUCUUCUCCUCGGAGUGGGCCGUUUUGUUGUUGUCACUGUCUGCAGUGGAGCGCAGUGUGGCCGUGCGGAUGAUACUCAGGAAAGUUAUGUCACCCAGGAGGAACGGUGGCUAUCGAGGAUGCUGGAGAGGAGACCGACGCUUCAGCCUGGCUGCAGGACUUCUGGGUUUGCUGGCUGCUGCUGGAGCGUGCCUGACUGUCCUGACCUCCAGCGAGCAGUCUGCCUCUCCUCUCUGCCUGCCGCUAGCUGGAGGUGAGAGUCCCGCCCUGAGUGUUACAGUGGCUUUGGUGCUGUUUAACGCGCUAGCUUACCUGUUCACUGCAGCUGUAUACACACAGCUGUACUGCCACCUUGGCAGGAUGGAGCUGGUCGAUCCAGAGCAGACUGGUGCUCUGCGACAUGUUGCUUGGCUCAUCUUCACCAACUGCAUCUUCUUCUGCCCUGUGGCUGCUUUCUCCUUCGCCCCUCUCCUGACUGGAUACACAGCAGGGGGCCCAGAGAUUGCUAAGUCUGUCACCCUCAUUUUCUUCCCGUUACCUGCAUGUCUGAACCCGGUGCUGUAUGUGUUCUUCAGCCCAGCCUUCAGGGAGGACUGGCUGAGACUACGUGGACGAGGUUCGAGCAGAGAGUUGAAGGCUGGAGCAGAAAGUCACGGAGACGAUGGCAGUGGAGGGUCAGAGCUGACAGACGGGGGCUCUUCCACCCACCUGGGCUUUGACUGUGGGAUGUACACACAGCUUUGUGGAGAGACGGUUGUGUGUGAGCAGUGUGAGGCAGCGCUGCAUGCCAGAACCUGCUCUUCCCCCUCAUCCUCCGCAGUCUGUAGACACUUGGUGAAGUCUCACAGCUGUCCAACCCUCUUGGCAGGAGCUGCACUCUGCCAGCGUGCCGAGGGCUUUUGGGCAGACAGCGGCACUCCCUCCGCUCAGUCUGAGUACGCAGACGAGGGGGACUCGUUUGUGUCGGACAGCUCAGACCAGGUUCAGGCCUGUGGCAGAGCGUGCUUCUGUCAGAGCAGAGGACUCCCUUUGGUACACUACUCAUACAACAUACCUCGAGUCAAAGACUAAGAACGCUUCAGAGCACCACAUGUGAAUUUAGAUGCUACAAGAAUAUCAAGACAUUUUAUAUCGGACGAAAUGUGCCAAUUAGUCUGCUAAAAGAAUUCUCAGAGAGCACUUAUGUUUGUAUUUACUGUGGAAACACAUGCAGCCAGUCUUUAAAGGGAACGGCUCUAACUUACAAUUUGCAAGUGAUCUGAACUGAGCACUUCAUGCGACAAACUGACAAAGGAUCUUGCAAAGAAAAGUCUUGCCACCAGUGCCUGCCUCUUGCUUUAGAAUGGAGGUCUUGAUGUUGCAAGCCUCAAUCUGUCAAAGAUUUUAUGAUUUGUCUGUUUUACCUGAUCUCAUAAGCUUUUCAUUUUUGUUAUUCAUCUUUUAAUUUUUUUAACUUCACAUCAACUGUUGAUUUUAUACUCUGAUUUAAAUGUAGCACAUGUAAUAAUCAUCCUGACUGUUCUGUAUGAAUGUAAGUUCAGGCUGAGGAGGUACACUCCAAUGCCAGCAAUAACUUCUUCCCUGCCUGCCUGUGAUCGUAAUCUACCGCGUGAGAAUGCCAGACUAUUAGAAACACUUCUCUGCUUUAAGACUAAGAAUGUGAUAAAAGUAGCAGAUAUCACUGUUUAAGCAAAAGCUUUGCUUGGUGGUGGUGAAAGACGUUAUUUAUUGUUUGAGCAAGAGUGGAGAGGAUUUCAGGUGCAUGUGAGGUGGCCUUUGAAUGAUGAAUACACAAUAUAACCCAAACAUUCACCCAAACAACAGCAGCUCUCUUUAUGUAAUCCCUCUCAAAUAAUUCUCAUACAUGAGGAGGUUGUUAUUUUCAUUGUUUGAAGGAUAAUUAUUUUUAAAUCUUGGCCUUAUUUUCUGGGUUUUUGUCAUUAAUCUCUGUGAUUGGAUCAAAGUUUCAGUUAUUUAGUUGCUGGCUGACUUAUUCUGAAAUGUGCCUUUAUCUAAAAGUCUGAUUGUACUGGCUGAUAGAACUGUUUUGGAUUCAUAGCUAUGUUACCCCAAAGGUUGCCAAAAUGUCAUAUUUUGAUACUUUCUUGAUACCACAUGUAUUUAAGGAAUACAACCCUUGUCAUUCUAACAACUGAUAAUAGCACAAGUAAUUUUAAAAGUUACACUGUAUUUAAUAAGACUGAUAAAUAACAAAGGAAUUAAUCCAUGAAAAACUGCAGUCAAACUCUUACACACAGCAUUAAUUUCAACAGAAUUUGUGUAAUUUUGACAAUGUGCAAGAGUUUGAUUGCAAUGUUUGAGGACUGAGGAGAGUAAAUGAAGCAACAUUGGAUGCCUAGGGCUCCAAUUUCUUCUGCUGUGAUAUCAGAAAAUAUCUAUAACUAUUGUUUUUUACUUGUAAGAUACUGAAGUUUGAUAUUGUGGUAUUUUAACAUCCUCCAUACAGUGCUUUUUAAGAAAAAUAAAUUCUGAAAUUAGAGGGUCCUGUGAAUUUACAUUUAUUGGCUGGCAGGUGGAUAGGUGGGUACUUUAUUAUCAGUGCAUAGUUCUACACAACAAAUUGUAGUUUGGCAUCAGCCGCCAGCUUAGCAUCAGUGCCAAAUUAUAGAUUCCAUGACCAUAGUUAAGUUAGUAAAACCUGUCGAAUGUAGGUUGAGAUAUGCUUAGUGAUUGGGUAUGCUAAAAUGGCUGGCAAGGCAAAUAGCCAAUCAUUGUAAGGAUUACAGGGUGGCUAAUUAGAUUUCAGGGGGCUCUGGUUGGCCCUGGCUACCUGUGGCUCCGCCCCUGGAUGUCAUUGGUGCUUCUAUUUGCUGCCAUAAUCUAUCAGGGCAGUGGUUCUCAUCUGGCCUGGUAUCAGGACCCAUCAUGGAAGGACAUGCAUGUAUACGUUCUGAUUUACACUUUUUUCCCAAGACAGAACAGCAAUUUGAUCAUUUCUGGAAGAUCCUUAGUAUCUUGAAAAAAAUAAGCCUUGCUAUCCAGGGAAAAGAAGAUGAACACAUUGAAGUCUUAAGAAAAACGUCCAGGGGUAGUUGCAGUGUCCAAAUUUGGCCCCCAGGCCAUAUUUUGGAGACCUCAGUAUUGGCUAUGUGAUUGCUACACAUGGAUAAUUCAUCACUAAUUCCCUUUAAUAAUGAUGCAGCUGUGCAUUUAAGUCUUACCAUCACAUUCAAAGCAUGGUGUGGUUUCACUCACUGCAGCACAUAUAAACACAAAGAUGCUUUGCUGCAUCUGUUACGUUAAAACCAACAGAUUUCUACUGAAAAUAAUGUUCAUAUUGACAAAUUUAGCUGCCACAUCCAUGAAUUUCCUAUAUGGGCUUAAUAGCAAGUAGCACCGUGUACCCUGCACAACUGGUGGACUGGACCAGAUUGUCUACUGGGUGUAAAAAUGAUAUUUUCAAGAAGAUAGACAAAGAUAAAUAUUUCCAAAUACAAAAUACGAGUAUGGGUUGGUGACAUGGCAUGCAUAUUUUUGUGUCUGAAUCUGUUAUUUCCUUUGGAAAGAAAUCAAUCAGUUCAUGGUAUUUAUUAAUUUGUUCUAUGAAACCUUCUUUGUUUACGUUUUCCAUAUAUUUAAAUAAUAAAAUUAAUAUUUUGGCAUCUCAGACUCUAAAAAUAUCCAAUGGAGCAACAGUCUGAGCAAUGAACAGAUUAUUGAUUUUGUUUGUGAGCAACUCAAAUUAGGAUACUUUGGUAGGAUUUUAUGGUUAAAAUAAAUGUAUCAUUUCAAAGCUAUUAAGGUAAUCCAAAAACUUCUGUCCUGGAAGUUCUUAAAUGUCAGAGUGGAGCACCAUAAUCAGGGGUAUUUUAUUUUGAAAUAAAGUGAUAAAAGCAGAUUGAGGUAUAAUUUUUCAUCUAUUUGAUUCCAGCUGGCGCUCAUGACCAAGUGAGAUGGUUUGCAGACCCUUUUCAAAUUAAGAUAAAAAAAAUAUUUGUUGCCCGUCACAGGUGGGUGGGUACACUUUCACUGUAUACUAUAUAUAUAUAUUUCACCGUUAAACUCUUGAUUUUAUUUUAAAAAUGUUUCCAGUCUCCAACAAGAACAAAAGUAACAUUCUAAGUGUUUGCUUUUUUAAUUUGAAAUUAGUUACAAAUAUCAGGUGGUGCAAUUGCAUAAUGUUGGAAAUAACCGUUGAGUUCUCUUAAUGAGGCAUGCACAAGCCAGCUCCCCUGAUAACAAUGGUUCAGUUUUUACACAAAAUUUAGGCUGUUGCUUCUAGUUUAGUUUCCAGCUACAAGCAAGAUGGCAUAUUUCAUCUUACACCAGAGAAAAUACUUGCAAGUUUAUGAUUUAUCUGAUGACAAACACUACAAACCUUAAAAGAAAACUUUUAAAUAUCCACAACCAUUACGGCUUAGUUAAACCCAGAAGAGUGAUGGCUGCUGCUUGUUUGUAGUUGAUUUACUCCAAUCUUUAAACAUAAUUUAGCUUGUGGGCUACAAGUUAAACACACAUGUGCCGUCCAAGUUAAACACCUGAAUGUAAUCCCAUUUUAACACUUUUCCAGAGUGAUCUGAAAGCAGCACAAGACUCUCAGCCAGCUGAGUCAACAAGAAAGUGAGCAGGGGUUGCCAAAAAAUCCUGAAAUAGAGCACUGUAUAGAAAACUGGGCAAUUAUUAUUCCAUGGCAGAUAUUCAAAGAGGAAAAUCUGUAGAGUAUGUUUUCAUUUAAAGGAUUAUUUACAUGUGAGCACAGGGUAGGUCUGUGCUUGUUAAAUGUUGGGGAGUAAUAAGAAUAAUGAUGACCAGAAUUAACAGACAUGAUGGUACAAAAAUAGAAAAUAAGGCCUCUUUUUAAAACAAGACUUUAAAUUCCUGUUCUUCCUACACUCACUGUUUCAGUCCGAGCAUUAUUACAUGUCAAAGACGCUUGUGUAUUGUAGGUCUGUUUUCACCCUGAGAGCUGAGCUGUGUCUGACAGGAGAUUGACUGAUGUUUGGUGUGAUGGAUCAUGACCACACAUCGAGGUGGAUACACCCUCGGAGCGUGUCUCCACAAGUGCACGUCAUGUGAGCGCUCAGGAAUUUAGCCAACGUAGGGAACUGUUUUCUGCCACCAACACGUCUCCUUAUAAUGCAACAUGUACUUUGAAUCCUUGUUUCAUUGUGUCUCGACUGGGUGUGGAAAAUUCUUGCACCAACCAAAAUGUCCGUUGAUUGUUUUGAGAUAUCCCAUCUGGUGAAAAUGUACAAACCUUUUUGUAUUUGGUUGUUGUUGUUUUGUUUUUUUUUUUUUUGUUUGUUUUUUUUGUAUUUUUAUGUAAAUUAUUUGAAAGACAAAAGUAAUCAAGAAUGGGAUGUUAACUAAGGAAGCUACCUCCUCUACUGUAGUGGCUGCCAGCAGUGCUUUGUAAAAGAAAAGUCUGUUUUUCUUUGUCGUUAUUGUGUUUUCUGGCUUGUGGGCUUUAUGUCAACACGUGUUGUAUGUCAUCAUUUUAGAAAAGUACAAAUUGUGGGAGGAAUCUAUGUACUGUAUACUGUGAUUUUUUUUUAACCAAACUAUAAACUAUUAAUUUUUUUUGUUUUAUUUUUUUUAUAGAUACAGACCUUCAGAAUAAUACAGAUUAUAAACCCAAUCUCACUUCAGAUGCAUUUGUAAUUUUAUUUGUAGAUUUUUUUUUUUUAAUGUGAGAUCUUCCCAAGCUGGUCUAUUCUGUUAGAAAAAAUAAUUCUGUUAAUUGUGAAAGAAUAAAUAUGGAAGAAAACA